AUGCUGCGAAACGUGGGCGCCCGCCUGCUGCUGUGCCUCGUGGAGCUCGUGGAGUACGUGGACAUCGGCCGCGCGCCGCCGAAUUGGACCGCCCUGCUGAUACGCAUGCUGAUGCUGUCGGAGCGCAGGGUCGAGGCCAGGCGGGCGUUCGCCGAGGCUUUUUCCAGGAGCCGGAGGACGCGCCUGCUGGCGUGGAAGAAGCCGACCGUCGUGCCCGCCGCCUGGCUCGCGGACGUCGCGGAGCAUGCCGAGGCGUCGAAGGUGCUGCUGCGCAUCCUGGGCGGCUACCGCGAGAUGGAGGCGGAGGAGCUCUGCGACCUCGUCGAGAACGUGCUGCUGGAGAAGUUCCUGUCCAAGCCGCAUUGCGCGCCCAUCAUCAUGCGCAGCGAGAUCAUCGACGACAUCGUGGGCGCCUGCUUCGACGCGGGUCGCAAGGCACGGGCGGAGCAGCGGCCCCGCCUGGAGGGCGAGGAGGACGGCGGCCAGCCCGCGGGCGGUGCUGUGGAGCGGGAGCCGGAGCGCCGGUGUCCAAGGCACUGGGCGGGCCAGCACCUCCUGCGGCGCCUUCAGUACGUCGGCACCAGGCUGUUCCAGGCGGCUUUCGUGCCGCAGCGCGGCUUCCUCCCGCACGCGUGGCCCGACUGCCUCGGCCCGGCCGCCGAGGGGGUGGUCGCAGAGGCUGCGGCGGCCAGCGCCAGCGAGGAGAGGGCGCUCGAGGCCGAGGGCCGGCCGCAGGAGCGCAUGUGCUCCCUGGAGCCCCUGGUCAUCCCGGUCACGGGCCGCUGCUUGUGGGACGAGGGCCUGCUGGAGAUCGAGCUGCUGCACGAGACUACGGGGGAGGCCGACGGCCGUCCGCACGAGCUGGCGCUGCACUUCGCGCGCCAGGUGAUCAUGCGUCACCUGUGGUACCGGCACAGCGGCAGGUACUGCGAGAUCCCCCGGCUCAAGGCCCUCUGGGAGCUCGCCUGCUGGCCCCUCUGCGACCACGCCGGCCUCAUCCGCGAGGCCUUGGAGUACCUGAAGGGUGCAAGUCGCGAGCUCCAGGCCUACGGCGCCUCCUGGUGCCCCGAGUACGAGGAGGCCCUCUUCCAGAUGUGCACGGCGCUGGACACCUCCCGGCUCCCCGGGCAGGCCCUGCUGUCGCCGUGGGUGCCCGGGCAGGUGCAGGCCGUGCGCCACCUGGUCCAGCAGCAGCCCGCCGAGCAGUUCCACGCCGAGCUGCAGCAAGAGGUGAUCACCGCCAUGGAGAACCUGAAGUCCAUCAACGCGCAGUGCGCCAAGCUCUCGAACCGCCUGAACAUAGUCGAACAGCGCACGAUCAUCAACAAGAGCCAGAUCAAGGAUCGGGUGCUGCCAGAGGUGGCCCUGGCCCAAGGUGCCCUCCGCUUUCCCAGGGAGGCCUGGAUGGCCUCGGGAGCGAGGACCAGAGGGCCCCCAGGGGUUUCAACAUGGCGCGAAAAGUGGGGGUGCACCUUGGGCCAGGCUCACGUCCUGGCAGCCUCCGAAAGGACGCGAUCAGCGCCAUCGAGGCUGGCGCGAGGAGCAAGAAGCAGGAGUCUGGCAGCAGGCUUCGGCGCUGAGCGACCUCGCUCGCUGCCGCGCUCGCGUACGCGCCGCGCUGGCCUCGCGAGGGGGCGCCCCCUUACGUGGGUCUGCUGCCCCACCGCCGCGGACGGUGCGAAAAAAGAGAGGCAGCUCUGGAACAGCAGCAACGGUAUUAGCCUUAUCAUCGUCAUCGUCAGCAUUAUCGUCAUCGUUAAUGUCACCAUCAUCAUCGGCGUCACCAUCAGAAGUGCAAACAUCAUUGUCGUAACCGCCAUCGUCAUCAUCACCCCCACCAUCAUCAUCCCUCCUGCUUUCAGUAUUCCCCCAGAUGACGAGAGGGAGGGAGGACGAGCAACGAGCAAGAGGAAGGAGAAGGAGCAGGAGGAGGAGGCGGAGGAGGAGGAGGAGGAGGAGGAGGAAGUGAAUGUAAGCGGAAUGGAGAGGAGAAGAGGGAUGAGGAGGUGGACCUGUGUAAGCCCAAGACUCAUCAACGAUGUUGUAAUACAUGCUCCCUCCGAGUUCCCUCAUAGGUUCCUGCGAUCAUUUGUUUUCAUUGCGGGAAGUGGCUGA